AUGUCAGCUCAAACUUACAAGAAAAAACAUGAAACUACCAUCUCUGGGGAGCUUCCAGAUAAAAUGACAAUUUAUCAAGAUUGUAUGACCACUUUCAAUGAAUCACCAGUGAACGCGAAAAGAUGUCGUAUCUUGAUUUCACGUUUAUUAAGAUUAUUAGCUAAUGGUGAAACUUUCCCAGAAAAUGAAGCUACUACAUUGUUUUUCUCUAUUUCCAAAUUGUUUCAACAUAAAAAUGAUUCAUUAAGACAAUCUGUCUACGUGGCUAUUAAAGAAUUAAGUAAAAUCUCAGAAGAUGUCCUUAUGGCAACUUCCUCAAUUAUGAAAGAUGUUCAAACAGGUUCUCCUUUAAUUGUCCCAAAUGCUAUUAGAUCGUUAACGUACGUCUUGGAUGAAUCAACUGCAUUUUCCGCAGAAAGAUUAUUGAGAAGCGCAAUUGUUAGUAGAGAUCCAGCAGUUUCAUCUGCUGCUCUUAUCACCUCUUAUAACUUGCUACCAAUCUCAGAAGCAACUGUGAAAAGAUUUGCUAAUGAAACUCAUGAAGCAAUUAAAGAUCCCAAAGAGGUUCUCGGAGAUAACCCAGAACGUGAUUAUCCAGCAAGAUCAACUUUUAUAACUCAAUAUCAUGCAUUGGGUUUGCUUUAUGAAUUAAAGAAAAAUGAUAAAUUGGCUUUGCUGAAAAUAGCACAAGAAUGCUUCCCUAAUUGGGUCCUAAAGAGCUCAAUUGCUAAAGUUGAAUUGAUAAAAGUGAUGACUGAUUUAGUAUUCAGGGAUCCAUCAUUAUUUGAAAGUUUCCAAAACCAAUUAGAACAAUGGUUUGCAAGUAGACAUGAAUCCGUUCAAAUUGAAUGUGCAAAAAUGAUUACUAGUUUCGCCAUGGCUCAUCCUUCUUAUGUUUCAUCUGAAUUCUUUGCCAGUACAAUAACACUUUUACAAUCUAUGUUGACCGUGCCUCGUCCACCCACCUUGUUCGCUGCCCUAAGAAUUUUAAAUAAAGUAUCCAUGGUUUCUCCUGAAAAAGUUGUCAUCUGUAAUCCAGAAUUAGAAUCAUUAAUCAAUCAUUCUAACAGAAAUAUUUCCACCUAUGCCAUUACUACUUUAUUGAAAACAGGCACUGAUAAAAAUAUUUCUAAUUUAAUUUCAACAAUUACUAAAUUCAUUCAUGAAGUUUCUGACGAUUUCAAAAUCAUUAUCAUCAAUGCAGUUCGUACUUUAUCAUUAAACUUCCCACACGAAUGGAAAUCAAUCUUAGAUUUCUUAAUUGAUAUUUUAAAGAACAGUGAAGGUGGCUUCGAUUAUAAAAAUAGUAUCGUUGAAGCAUUAAUUGAAAUUGUUUCAUUCGUACCACAAUCCAAAGAACCAGCAUUGGAAAACUUAUGUGAUUUCAUUGAAGAUUGUGAAUAUAAUGAACUUUUGGUUAGAAUCUUACAUUUAUUAGGUAAAGAAGGUCCAAGUACUUCACAACCAUCCCUUUACGUUAGACAUAUUUAUAACAGAGUGGUCUUAGAAAAUUCAAUAAUUAGAUCAGCUGCAGUAGUAGCACUCUCUAAAUUUGCCUUGACUAAGAAUGAUUCCGCUUUGAAUGAAUCAAUUAUAAGUUUACUAAGAAGAAUCGCAAAUGAUAAAGAUGACGAAGUUAGAGAUAGAGCAACUAUUGCAUUGAAAUUCAUCGAAUCAUCAAAGGAGAAUAUUAAAGCCCAAGAUUUGAUCCAAUCUAAAUAUUCUUAUGACUUAUCAUCAUUAGAAAAGAAAUUAACAACUUAUAUGUCUUCCAAUGAAGAUUCUUUCAAGACACCAUUCGAUGCCAGUGCUAUUCCAAAAUACACUGAAGAUGAAGUUAAGGCAAUGGAAUUGAAGAGAAAGCAAGAACAAUUGACUAAUGCUGAUUUGGAAGGCAUUAACAAUGAAGAUGAAGAACCAAUCACCAAGAGAUUAGAUACCAAUACAUAUAAAGGGGCCACUUUGGAUGAGCACGAACAAGAUUUGUUAUCUACUCAAUACAUCGAAGAAUUAUUAUCUAUUGAAGAAUUUAAAGUAUUCGGAAACUUGAUAAAUAGCUCGAAGCCUAUCUCAUUGACUGAAUCUGAAGCUGAAUUUGAAGUUCGUGGUGUCAAGCAUUUAUUCAAAGAACAUGUUGUGCUUCAAUUUAAUAUCGCAAACACUUUACCAGAUGUUGCCCUUGAUAACGUCUCUGUUGCUUGUAUAUCACAACUUGAGGAUGAGAGUCAAUUAGAAGAGUUAUUUACAAUUCCUAUUGAAAGGUUAUUACCAUCUGUGGAGUCUCCUUGUUAUAUCGCCUAUAAGAAACCUGAAGGGAUUGUCCUCGAUGAGUUUGUGAAUACAUUAACUUUUACAAGUAGAGAAUUGAAUCCAGAUACUAAUGAAGUUUAUGAAGGUGAUGAAGGUUUCCAAGAUGAAUAUGAAAUCGAUUCAUCAGUACUCUCUGCUGGUGAUUACAUCAAAAGUUCUUUCGUCAGUUCGUUCGAUACUGCAUUCGACGAGUUGUCAAAUUCUGAAGUCGCUGUGUAUAACCUCCAAGAAGAUCUAUCCCUACAAGAUGUUACUAACAGAUUGAUUACUUCUACUAGUUGCCUACCAUUAGAAAACUCACAAAACGUUAGUGAUUCUAGUGAACAUACCUUGAAAUUAUUCGGUAAGAGUGCUUUGAAUGGAAGUAAAAUUGCUUUAAUAGUUAGAAUGGUUAAAAGCUCUAAAGGUAUUGCUUUGAAAGCUUCAGGAAAGGCUGAAGAUGCCACUUUAUGUUCAAGUUUAGUAAACGGAUUGUUGUAG